GGUCCUAUGGCAUUGCUGCUGACUUACCUGCCGUUGGAGGGAACGAAGGAGUUGGGCAAGUGAUGGACACAGGAAAUUCUGUGACGAGUUUGAAACCGGGAGACUGGGUGAUCCCAGCUGAUGGAGGACUUGGAACUUGGCGAACAGAAGCGGUAUUUGAUGAGAAAACUCUGCUGAAAAUCCCACCGGAUAUUCCAUUGACUUGUGCUGCCACACUGGGUGUUAACCCCUGCACAGCUUAUCGGAUGUUGUCUGAUUUUGAGACUUUGGAACCAGGGGAGUCUGUCAUCCAAAAUGCAGCCAAUAGUGGAGUGGGACAGGCUGUAAUCCAGAUUGCAGCAGCCAAGGGCAUCAAAACAAUAAAUGUAAUAAGAGAUAGGUGAGUGUGCCUAACAAAA